AUGUUAACAUAUGGAAUUUUGAAACAAAUUCAGAAAUCCACACUAUACUUUAUUAAUAACUUAAAGUAUACAAAAAAUUUCUCUCAGUUAAAUAAGUAUAAAAAUGGAAUCAAUCAAUCUUUCAAGGCAUACCUAAUAAUUAGAAAUAAAUCAACUUUGAUAAUAGGAAAUGCUAUAAAAGAUAUUUCAUAUAAUAGGCGUAUUGACGAUCCAAAAAUUAGAAAACUUUUAGGAGUAUGGUUAGCUACUUGUUCAGGCAUGGUCUUUUUUACUAUUGUAAUUGGAGGCUUAACAAGAUUGACAGAAUCUGGACUAUCGAUGGUAAGCUGGCAUAUGUUUAAAGAGUUUCCCCCAAUUACAAAUGAGCAAUGGGUCACUGAGUUUGAAAAUUACAAGCUUUAUCCAGAGUUUAAAAUAAAAAACGUAGAUAUAACUUUAAACGAAUUCAAACGGAUUUGGUACAUGGAAUGGAUUCACAGAAUGAGCGGUAGAACCAUAGGCCUAACUUUUCUAAUUCCAGCCCUGUAUUUUGCCAGCAAGGGGUGGAUCAUGAAAUACCCGUCUUUGCGGAGACGAUUAAUAGCUUACACUUUACUCUUAGGGUUUCAAGGUUUAUUAGGUUGGUAUAUGGUAAAAUCAGGACUUUCCUCAAAGAAUCAUUCCCCGAACCCCGAUGGCGAUCAUUUUAACGAUGAUGUGCCAAGGGUUAGUCAAUACAGAUUAGCGGCUCAUCUCGGAACGGCCUUCGUUCUUUAUUCCUUGAUGCUUUGGGCAACGUUGGGAUAUCUGAUGCCCGAUUCUCUCAAAAAAGUGAAUAUGAAUCUACAACCGCUAAAAAAUAUCAGAAGAAUGGCUCACGCUACGAAAUCCCUCAUAUUUAUAACCGCCAUAUCAGGAGCUUUUGUAGCCGGGCUCGACGCCGGUUUGAUUUACAAUUCCUUCCCCAAAAUGGGCGAUUAUUGGAUUCCUUCCGACAUUUUUACGUUAAGUCCCAGGUGGAAAAACUUUUUCGAAAAUCCGGCCAUGGUUCAAAUGGAUCAUAGGAUAUUGGCAACCAUUACGUUAUCUUCCGUCGUAGCGACUUGGUUUAUCACCAAAAGAGUUCCUAAACACAUGUUGACACCUAGAAUAAAAUUGGCAUGUAACUGUAUGGUAGGAAUGACGACCAUACAAAUAAUGCUCGGAAUAAGUACUCUCUUAUAUCACGUUCCCAUCUCUUUAGCAAGUCUUCAUCAGGGUGGAUCACUGUUCUUACUAUCUAACGCGAUAUGGCUUACACACGAACUUCGAAAAAUUCCUAAACUUUAAAACAAAAAUAUAUAUACUAUUUUCGCGUUCAAUUAUGUAGA